AUGUCUGCCGAAGAAGAUCUCAUCGAUUACUCUGACGAAGAGCUUCAGACAAAUGAUGCAGGAGCAUCUACCACAGCAACAACAAACGGAGCAGCCAAGAAAGGCGACCUGACCGUCUCUGGAGGCAAUGCAGACAAGAAAGGCAGCUAUGUCGGGAUACACUCAACAGGCUUUCGCGACUUUCUUCUUAAGCCAGAGCUUCUACGGGCCAUCACCGAUUGCGGUUUCGAACAUCCAUCGGAGGUCCAGCAAGUAUGCAUCCCUCAGGCUAUCCUAGGAACCGACGUGCUCUGCCAAGCGAAAUCUGGUCUGGGAAAGACAGCGGUCUUCGUGUUGGCAACUCUGCAGCAAAUUGAGGCAGUCGCUGGAGAAUGCGCCGUCCUGGUCAUGUGCCAUACCAGAGAGCUUGCUUUUCAGAUCAAGAACGAAUACGCUCGCUUCAGCAAGUACCUUCCAGACGUCAAAACGGCGGUCUUCUACGGUGGAACCCCAAUGCAGAAAGACAUCGAAACGUUAUCUAACAAGGACACUCAUCCGCAUAUCAUCGUCGGCACACCUGGCCGUCUCAAUGCCCUGGUCCGCGAAAAGAAAUUGCGGCUCAACAGUGUCAAAGUCUUCACCUUGGACGAGUGCGAUAAAAUGCUCGAUCAGAUUGACAUGCGCCGCGACGUGCAAGAUAUCUUCCGUGCCACGCCGACCCAGAAGCAGGUCAUGAUGUUCAGCGCUACACUUGCUCAAGAGAUUCGGCCAAUCUGCAAGAAAUUUAUGCAGAAUCCUCUUGAAAUCUAUGUCGAUGACGAGACCAAGCUCACGCUCCAUGGUCUUCAGCAAUUUUAUGUCAAACUCAGUGAGGCCGAAAAGAACCGGAAGCUAAAUGAGCUGCUGGACAAUCUCGAAUUCAAUCAAGUCAUCAUUUUCGUCAAGAGCACUUUGCGCGCCACCGAACUCGACAAGCUUCUUCGUGAGUGCAACUUCCCAAGCAUUGCAGUCCACUCAGGUGUCAGUCAAGAGGAACGUAUCAAACGCUACAAGGAAUUCAAAGAAUUCAACAAGCGAAUCUGUGUUGCUACUGAUGUCUUUGGACGCGGUAUUGAUAUCGAGCGUAUCAAUCUAGCAAUCAACUAUGAUCUGCCAGGAGAUGCUGACAGCUAUCUCCAUCGUGUUGGACGUGCCGGAAGAUUUGGUACAAAGGGGCUGAGUAUCAGUUUCGUGAGCAGUGAUCAGGAUCAGGAGGUACUAAAAGCUAUUGAGAAGAGGUUUGAAGUUGCUCUACCAGAGUUUCCCGAGGGUGGCGUGGAUUCUUCUACAUACAUGGCGAACUAG